AUGAGCGCCGACCCCGAGAGAGAACACGCGCUGGAAGGAUACAAGACCAAGCUGCUAGAGUCAAGAGAAUGGGAGGCAAAGCUCAAGGCCCUGCGGUUAGAGAUCAAGGGCCUGCAACACGACUUUGACGUUUCCGAGGACAACAUCAAGGCCCUGCAGAGUGUCGGUCAGAUCAUUGGAGAGGUCUUGAAGCAGCUGGAUGAGGAGAGAUUCAUCGUCAAGGCAUCAUCAGGACCGCGCUAUGUCGUUGGAUGCAGAUCAAAGGUCGACAAACUCAAGCUCAAGCAAGGAACCCGCGUCGCCCUCGACAUGACAACCCUCACAAUCAUGCGCAUGCUCCCACGAGAGGUCGACCCGCUCGUCUACAACAUGUCACUCGAAGAUCCCGGUCAAGUCAACUUUGCUGGUAUCGGUGGUUUGAACGAGCAGAUUAGAGAGUUGCGCGAGGUUAUUGAACUACCGCUGAAGAACCCAGAGCUCUUCCUCAGAGUCGGCAUCAAGCCACCAAAGGGUGUCUUGCUAUAUGGUCCUCCCGGUACUGGAAAGACUCUUCUUGCCAGAGCCGUCGCCAGCAGUCUGGAAACAAACUUCCUCAAGGUCGUCUCAUCCGCCAUCGUCGACAAGUACAUUGGUGAAUCCGCCCGUCUCAUUCGCGAAAUGUUUGGCUACGCAAAGGAACACGAACCCUGCAUCAUCUUCAUGGAUGAAAUCGAUGCCAUCGGUGGUCGCAGAUUCUCAGAAGGUACCUCUGCCGACAGAGAAAUCCAAAGAACCCUGAUGGAACUCCUCAACCAACUCGACGGUUUCGAUUACCUGGGAAAGACAAAGAUCAUCAUGGCUACAAACAGACCCGACACUCUCGACCCCGCCUUGUUGCGUGCUGGUCGUCUGGAUAGAAAGAUUGAAAUUCCUCUGCCCAACGAGGUUGGCCGUAUGGAAAUUCUCAAGAUUCACGCGGAGGGUGUGCAAAAGGAGGGCGAGAUUGACUACGAGAGUGUUGUCAAGAUGAGCGACCAGCUCAACGGUGCUGAUUUGAGAAACGUCGUGACUGAAGCUGGUCUCUUCGCCAUCAAGGACUACCGUGACGCUAUCAACCAAGACGACUUCAACAAGGCUGUCCGCAAGGUCGCCGAAUCAAAGAAGCUGGAAGGCAAGCUCGAGUACCAGAAGCUGUAG